GAUUGCCAGAAACAUUAUCAGUCUAUUUAUAAUAUUUACAACGUUCAGUCGUCGUCCGUUUAACUAGAACUCCAACUUUACAUAUUGUUCAUACAAUGUCGAGACAAUGUGCAAAACCGAUUGAAACGCUCGUAUUUUUCGAUUUGGAGACAACCAAUCUGAUAAACGAAAAAAAUGAUUAUCCAGGCAUCGUUGAAUUGAGUAUGGUGGCGGUGAACCGAGCACAUUUUCUCAACGCAACACCGGAAGAGCUGCCGCGAGUGCAACAUAAAUUAUUAUCGUGUUUCAACCCAGAAAUGGAGAUGACUGAAAAAAGUGUGAAGCUAUCAAACCUGACGAAUGCACUGCUGGAGCAGCAAGCGCCUUUCGACAAGAACACCUGCGAAAUGAUUAUGGCAUUCAUCAAGUGCCUGCCGGAACCUGUCUGCCUGGUCGCGCACAAUGGGUUUGGAUUCCAUUACCCUGUUUUACUAUAUCGUAUGAAAUUAAAUGAAGCUGAUGUUAACCCGACGCUGAUGUGUACCGACAGUCUUUUUGCAUUGUAUGAUCUUUACGGUAUCGGUUAUGAUAUCGAUAACGAACCAAUUGGUAAAACUAAAUCUUACUUUGAAUUAAAAAGACCGAUAUUUUAUGGCUUAAAUGAGAAACCAUCUAAGUCCGAAUUUAAGUUGGACGAAAUAUAUGAAAGAGAAGUAAAAGUGAAUAUUACAGAUUGUAGUAGAAGUCAGAGUCAAAGCCUCAAAAUACUGAAGAUAGCGUUAAAAAAAGCGGAAAAAUUUGUUGAUUGGGUCGAUCGAAAUCAUUGUAAAUUAUCUGAAGUUCCUUUCGCCAUCUGAAAUUCCUAUUGUGCUUAAGAUGCAACUGAAUGUAAAAUAUUAUUCAGCCUCCUAUAAAAAUAUAAAUUGAAUUAUCUGCAUACAAGAUUGUACAUACUUUUAACAUGAUUUUAUUACUAUAAAGGUCUAAUAUAGUCAGGACAAAUUUUUAUAUUUAUAUUGGUUCCUGUUCCAUCUGAAUUUAUUUGAUGACUUUUGUUUAUCUUUUAACCUCAAACUUAAAAUUAUCCAGACUGUAUUAUUAAUUAUCCCUAAGGUUAUUUUCUUUUUCGAUUUAUUUGAUUGGAUUUACAUUGUUCGCGCACAUCGGUCUACUUGAAAUAAAUGAUUUUGACUUUGACUAUGAAAAAGUACGUUACUAUAUUAAUGUUUAAUAAUAAGUGACGAAGAUAACCAAUUCUAUUUUUUCAAUACCUGAGUAUAAAGUUUACAAUGUUCGAGGUAACCACGGAACUCCCAGGUUAAACAACAACAGGUUAACCACCCCACAUUAUAAUAAGAUUAUGUUCUUAGUUGUCAGUCUACGAGUAUUUAUUAAUAUUAUCUACUACUCUUACAUUGUUUACAUGUUUGCUUAUUUAUUGGAUAUGAAACCACUUAUUUGAAAAUAAAUUAUUUGUAAU